CUUGAUGUGCAAAUUUGAUUGUCAAUCAAAACGUCACUUGCAAAAGGCCCGUCACACCAAACGUCAAAAAAGGCCUUUUGUUGUGUUCGGCAGUGAAAUACCUGCCAAAAUUAAGGGAAAGUUGUACCGAAAAUAAAACGGUACUUUAGAAUCACCGGAAUGCCUUGCUGCGUCGCCGGAUGCCCCGGAAGUGUCCGCCUGGUUCAGUUCCCGUCCGACAGCGUACUCCGUCGACGCUGGCGCGAUGCCAUCACGCUUGCCACCGGAACCGGUCCGCCGACCGAGGAGCAAUCACUGGAGCUGUGCGAAGACCACUUUGAAGGCGAUGCGAGUUCUGCGGAGCGCUACCGCGAACCGACGCGGUUCAGCGAUCGAUCCGGACAACCGGUGGAGCUCGGCAGCUGUCGGUUGUGCCAUCGGUUCGAGGUCGCUUCUCGGCUGUACUCGCUGGAUGGAUCGAUGGCCGAUGUGGCCGUCGGAACAAUUCUGCGGGAUUUGAUUAAGGUUAAGCUUGAACAAAGCGAUGUCCAGCAGUUUGCUUGUGGAGUCUGUUUGACCCAGGUCGGGAUGGUUUUGAACAUUCAGAAGUCUUUCAUAGUCAAAGGAGAUCCUGACGUUGAAAAUCUGGAUAGCAUCGACCCGCUAGCGGAAGUGACCUGCUGCCGGCUGUGUCAUCGCUACGAACCAACCAAUACGAUGUGCUUCCUGGAUGACGACCUAACGGAUGGCGUGAGUAUCGGUUCGACGCUGAGCGCGAUCCUCCAGUCGGGAGACGACUUGGCGCAGCUCAUCUGCUUGAACUGCCUGGCAAAGAUCGAUUUGAUGCGAAGCGUUCAGAGCUUCUUCGUCGGUAAGGAUGAAGAGUUCCGGGGUUGGCAAAGGGAGGGUUUGGUAACGGUGGAUCUGGACUGCCAUCCAGAGCUGAUGCUUGAGGUGAAGGUGGAACCGGUUGAGAUUCAGGAAACGGUGAGGGAGACACGAUCGAGGAAGGCGAAGGGGAAAGUGGUGAAGUUGGUCAAAGAUAAGAAGGAAUCGGCUGAUGUUCAGAAGACGGUGAAGGAGACAAGACAGAAGAAGGCGAAAGGGUUAAAGUUGGUCAAAGAGAAGAAGGAAUCGGAUGUAAAAGAGGAAGCACAGGCUGUGAAGGAAGAAUUGAAGCUGAACAAAGAGAAGGCGCAGUUUGAGUGCAAGAUCUGCGACAAGAAGUUUCAGAAAAAGAUUAGUCUUAAAUUUCACCUACUGAUUCACACGGGAGAACUUCCGCACAAGUGUUCGCAGUGCGAUGCCAGCUUCCGGUUGAGUACGGAGCUAAGCAAGCACGUGAUGGGAGUUCAUGAGGGUAAGACACCGUACGAUUGCAAGGAGUGCAAUGUUCCACUAGCUACGAAGACGGAAUACUACCGGCAUCGCAGGAUGGCCCACACUACAAAAAUUUACAAGUACGACUCCUUUUUGUACCGAUGUCUGGUCUGCGAAGCGACCGGCAAAAAUGUCGGCGAGCUGCGCAAACACAUACAGGCGUUUCAUGACGAAAACUAUCCGUAUUUGAAAUGCCCGGAAUGUCCGCAGCUACAGCUGACGUCCACAACUCACGUCAGAGUUCACGGGUACGACAAGCAUCCAGGAAGCGGAACCGGCGAGCGAUUCGUUUGCGACAAGUGCGGCAAAGACUUUGCCAGGAAGACCGCGCUGAAGAAGCACGUGCUAGCUGUGCAUUCGGAACCCGGAACAACGAAGCGAUUUCCCUGUCCGUACUGCGAAAAAACGUUCCGCUUGUACUCAUCGUACCACCGGCACAAGGACACUCAUGCUGGAAUCAAGCGGUACGCUUGCACGAUCUGUGAGCAAAAGUUCAGCCAUUCGCCCAGUCUGAAGAACCACAUCCGGAACGUUCACACCCUGGAAAAGCCGUACCGCUGCGAAGUCUGUGGAGAUUGCUUCCGGAACGGAUCCUUGCUGAACAAACAUCGAGGCGCAUUUCACUCUCCGAGCGACGCCAUCUUGGAGAAGGUCUCGUGUCCGAUCUGCCUCGAGGUGUUUCCCACCAGGUCCCUGCUUCAGCAGCACGUGCGAAGCGUCCACGAGGAACGGCAGGAGUUCGGAUGCCUCGAGUGUGGCGAGGUUUUCAACAGCUUCGCCGAACUCAAGGACCAUCGUGCGUACCAACAUCCGGAAGUCGGUCUACCGUUCCCGUGCGAAACGUGCGGCGAGCAGUACGAGCAGAAGGCACAGCUGACCAAGCACUGCCGGAACGCCCAUCCGGAGCAGAACAGGCUCGUCUGUGCGGAGUGCGGCAAGCUGUUUAGCAGCGCGUCUACCCUGAGACAGCACCGGGAAAUUCACCGUGACGUCCGGAAGUUCCGCUGCACGUACUGCGAGCAGACGUUCGCCCAGCGCACUCCGCUCAAGAACCACAUCCGGAACAAGCACACCGGUGAGAAGCCGUUUUCCUGCGAAACCUGCGGUAAGCCCUUCAGCGAUAGCUCGGUUUACUACCGGCACCGGAUCAAGUGCUUCCGAGAGCUUGCAGCGAAGAACAAAUCGGAAGAUCCGUCACUUGUUAAGCAGGAAUGUUAGUGGGGAAGUUGCUUUCUGUCAAAAUGAAAUAUUUCAAACCAAGAUAUUCGUAGUGAGGUGACAACUUGAAA